UUUUAAGGCUUUUAAUCUAAAAGUUUUCAGACAUUUUGAGAGUUACUAUUGUGGGCUUUUCAGUGAACCGAUGAAGAAAAUGUUUCUCAAGUUACUUUUGCUCAGUUUGUGGCAUCUGGUUGGAGUGUUUGGUGGUUAUGAUGAAGUGAAGAGAGUGUCAGUGAAGGAGGGAGAUUCAGUCACUCUAAACUCUGAUCUUACUGAAAUGAAGCAUGAUGAUGUGAUUCACUGGAUGUUUGAAAACACUGUAAUUGCUGAAAUCGAUAAACGGGCCGACAGAUUCACUCUAUAUGAUGAUGUUCUUGAUGGGAGAUUCAGAGACAGACUGAAACUGGACAAUCAAACUGGAUCUCUGACCAUCACAAACACCACAACUGAACAUGCUGGAGAUUAUAAACUACAGAUCCAACAGUAUGAGAAAGAGAUUCACUCUCACUGUCUUUGUGUCAGUGACGGAGGGAGAUUCAGUCACUCUAAACUCUGAUCUUACUGAAAUGAAGGAUGAUGAUCGGAUUCAGUGGAGGUUUAUGAAUGAAAACAUUUCAAUAGCUAAAAUCAAUAAACGGUUCAACAGAUUCACUGUAAAUGAUGAUGUUCUUGAUGGGAGAUUCAGAGACAAACUGAAGCUGGACAAUCAAACUGGAUCUCUGACCAUCACAAACACCACAACUGAACAUGAAGGAGUUUAUAAACUACAGAUCAACAAUGUGAGGAAGAGAUUCAAUCUCACUGUCUAUGCUCGUCUGCCUGUUCCUGUCAUCAGCAGUAACUCUUCACAAUGUUCUUCAUCAUCAUCAUCAUCAUGUUCAUUGGUGUGUUCAGCUGUGAAUGUGAGUCAUGUGACUCUCUCCUGGUACAAAGGAAACAGUUUAUUGUCCAGCAUCAGUGCGUCUGAUCUCAGCAUCAGUCUCUCUCUACCUCUGGAGGUGGAAUAUCAGGAUAAAAACACCUACAGCUGUGUGCUGAACAAUCCCAUCAGCAACCAGACUCAACAUCUGGACAUCACUCACCUCUGUCACACAUGUGCAGUGUCUAUGACAGGCCUGAUCUCUGCUGCCGCUGCUGGAUCUCUGUUGAUUGUUGCUGCAGUCGGGAUCUUCUGCAUCUGCAAGAAAUGUAGAAAAACUGAUCAAGAAGUUGAGACUCGUGAAGAAGAAAUCACUUACGUCGAGGCGAUUUUCCACAAAAGAAAAGCACAGAAAUUGGAUCAUAAAGAGGAGGAUCGUGUGGUGUAUGCACCCAUCGCCAACAGAAGAUGAUCACACUUCAAGUACCAGACCAGCGGUGUGAUCACUUUCACAGGAACCUCUGUAGUUUCCUCUGAGCUCUUUAGUUUUGAGUUUUGGGAUUGUUAAAGCAUGAUAGUCAGUGAUGGACUAAUGAAUUUUGUGGCCUACUGGAUUUUUUUAUGUUUGACUUUAAAAGCCUAUUUCUUUCUUCUUUUUUUAACAAAUCCACAAAACAACAACAAAUAACAAACCUUUUGCCUCCUCAUUUUAAAAAUAUUUAAAUAUAUGUGCCUGCUAAAUAAAUAUUUGCCAUGGUCUGCUUCCUUUGGAGACAGUUUGAACUAGCUUGAUUUACAUCUGCAUGGAAAAAGUGUUUGAUUUGUUGGUGGACAGAAAGGUUCAGCAUGAGCAUCUACUGCUGGGUGUUUGUGGUUGAUGUUCGACAGACACACUGCUGACGAGUCUUUACUGUGUUUUUAAAGGGCUUUUUUUCUAUUUCUGCUCAAAUAGUCUGACUUUAGCUUUAACAACAGACUUUACUGUGAGAUAAAAUACAAUAUCAUAUAAUCAGUUCAAGUCAAAUUUAUUUUUUAUCGCUUUUUACAGUACACAUUGUUUCAAUGCAGCUUUACAGAAAAUAAUGAAGUUAAUGUUUCUAAUAUCUUUACGCCUUAUAGUCACAUUUAUCAGAUUAGAGCUGGGCAAUAAUAUAGUUUAAUUUUUGUGACCAUACAAGCAAUCUAGCAUUUGAGAUUUGCUGUUUUUGCUCUACGUGAGUAUCUGUAGGUAUGCAAAUAAAGUUGGACAUGCAUAUAAAUCCAACUUUACAUAAUAAGCUGGCUGAUAAUAGUUACAUUUUGCAACAAAAAAGCAGUUAAGAUUCAAUAUACAAAAGUUAUCAAGCUAUUCUUGAUGUCACACCCUUUAAAGAUCAUCAUAAAGGUGUUUGUCUGUCAAGGUUUGACAGCCAUUUUAAGAAUGCAUAUGUAUGAUUUACUGUUGUAAUAUUUGUGGCAUUUAUGUAUUUAAAUUGAUGAUGGUUGUCAAUAAUUUCUUUUAUUUCAGUUUCUGGGAAAACCAACUAGCAACACUGCUAACAAAUGAAUGCUUCUAUGUUAUACUUAAGUGUAAGAAAUAUGCUCAUAUUCAGAACAAAAAAAAAUUGUGAAAAUUAAAUU